AUGGAUCCAAGACAUCAACCACAACCACAACCACCGCCCUCUCAUCCGCCAUCUCACCAUCAUCCCUUUUCCUCAUCGCGCGGCGCCGCCUCUCCCCUCUUCAGCCGCUCGCCGUUUCCCCCAGCUGCCACCUCCGCGCCGACCUCGUCGCAUGCGCCCCAGCAGCAACAUCAGCCACAACAACCGUCGGCAAAUCGUCCUCCCUACGCCGAUCAUCAGCGACGCCUCUCCGACACUUCCUACUAUCCUCCCUCGCGAUCCUACACCUCCGACCCGACCUCACACACCCCCUCCAGCCAUUCGCGACACCCCAGCUCAUCGUCACUACCGCCCUCCGCAUCGAUAAGCCGGCCGAUGCCGCCCCCUGGCUCUCCUCCCCAACCCGGCCAAGGCCCAGGAGGUCACACCAUGGGCGGGUAUGGGCUGCCACCUCCGCGACCCCCUCCUGUGUCCGUCGGACCGCCGUCGGCCUUUCCCUCAGGUCGCGAACUCCCGGCGCUGAGCUCUCUACCCAGGACUGGAAGCUCGGGGAGCUCCAUGUCAAUAUCGUCUAUGCUUGGAGGACCACCGCCUCCAUCCAGGGAACCCUCUGCGCCAUAUCCUCCGCCUAGUACGUCCGCCGGGGGCCAUGGUCCGGGUUACGGUCCACCCGUGCACGCCUCUCCUCGCCUGCAUAACACCGAUUACCCUGCCUUCCGCCGACCUCACACUCCCGAUCAGCGACCGUACGAUGCUAGAGAUCCGCGCGUCAGUGCGAAUGCCGCAUCGCCGCCACAGGCAAUGUACGGCACGCCCGAAGUACAGAGAUAUGGCACACCGCAGGGCUAUGGCCAGCGCGGGCCUCCUCCGAUGAGCGCAGCCGACCAGGCGAGAGAGCAACAGGCCAGGAUGGCCGCGUCCAUGCCUCCUCGACCCAACAGCCAGCCCAAGUCCUUCAGCAGCGGACCUCCCCCUCCGCGACACGUCGACAUGGGCCGCCCAGGCCCUCCCGAGGGUGUGUACGGUCGACGGGAAGAAUACCCACCAUCUACAGAAUACAACCCAGAACGACCAGGUCGUGCACUCAAAUACGAAGAACCGCGCUACAUGACGGAGCGGGAGCGUCAGGAGCGCGAAUUCGAGCUGCGUGACAGAGAGAUGAGAGAUCGCGCCAUCUCGGGCGGUGAGCAGAGUCGUCCGCCACAGGCGAUGCACCAACAACCCGAGUACCUUCAGCGCGGCCAGCCGCCUGCAUAUCCACGGAACGAGCGGGAACCUACUUGGCAGCGUCCUCCGUACGAGCACUCGAGACCUUACGAUUCUGCUGGCCCGCAGCCACGCCAUCCCGACUACCCUCCCUCCUCUACGUCGAAUUACCCCGGCCACCCCACGUAUUCGCAGCCUCCUGCCGACCGGUAUCCUCCUCCAGGCCCUCCGCCACCGCAUCAGGGCAUGCCUCCCUCAGGUCCUCCACCCGUUCAGCCCUACGACUCGCCCGAGCGUCAGCGCUACGGUCUGCCGCCCCAACACCAGCAGCCACCGCGUGGCCGCAUGAUGGAUGACGCACCCCCUCCGCCGUCUGUUGCAUAUAGUGCAGCUUCUUCCUUGUACGACGCGUCGCGGGGCAGGCCGAUGGAGGAAGGCCCUGCUCCGCCGGGCCAACCGAACCGACUCCUGGGCAUCCAGGAGAUGAACAGGAAGGGCCGCAUCUCUCCGUUGCCGCAGGCCGUUCAGGGCGCCCAACCCCAGAUCUCGGGUCCAGCCGGUGAGCCGGGCAUCAAGAGCGAGUUUGGCCGCAUGUUUGCUGGGAUUGGAAGCGGUGUCAGCAUGGGUAUUUCUAGUCCGGUGGCCGCCGGAGCACAACUCGCUUUUGCUGCUGGCGGAGGAGCUCGUCGAGAGGAUGGUGAAGGACCCCCUCAAGAUGCCGCCCCAGAGACAAAUGCCAAGGGCCAGAACGGCCGUGGGAAGAGGAGGAAGCUCAAGGACGAGGAUGGCAAGGGUGACGAUGACAGCACGGGCAGGCUCACCCCUGUGGGUGGCCGCACAAAGCGCAACAAGACUCAUGCUCACCACCAUCAUCAUAGCCACCAUCAUCAUCACCACCAUCAUCCCGAACAGACCUCCUCUCCCGGCCUCACUCCGUUCAAGAACGUCAAAGGAUCGACACCUAUUCCUUCGCCAACCGGCUUUGGCAAGGAUGUCGCGCCUCCCCACCACCAUCACCAUCACCAUGCCGCUCCCCGCUCGACGCCACAGACGAAGGCACCGCCGCCGCAACCUGCACCGGUCAUGCCUGUGCCCAAGCUCUCAAUCAGCUCAAGGACGGUACUCGACAGCGUCGCCAAUCGACCUCGCCACCACUUGGGAGAUUGCCUCUACGAGACCAAGCUCAAGACGGCGCGCCACUGCGACCCCAAGACGGGCAGGCCGCCACGAUACCCUUACAAGACUACACCGAAGCCGCUGCCCUGGAAUUUGAUCAACGGUAAGGAGAACUGUACCCUGACCGUCAAGAUCAGCAAGGUGCACCUCACGGCCGCCGCGCGCGAGGAGAUCACCGAGCGCAGGGCCGUCUGGGGCACCGAUGUUUAUACCGAUGACUCGGACGUCAUUGCCGCUUGUAUACAUGCGGGUUGGAUACGGGGCGAGUGGUCCGAGGACGUGGAUGUCGACAUGCUGGGGCUCGACGACAUGGAGCACACGGCUGUUAACGGCAACGGCAAGAAGGGCAACAAGAGCAGCAGCAACGAGCAGCAGCCGAUCCCGGAGGUGCUCACCGAGCCGCCCAAGUCCGGGCCGACGCCGAUCCCCGUGGACAAGGACCUGCACGUGACGGUGCUGAUCCUGCCGGUGCUGGACAAGUACGCCUCGACGACGCGGUUCGGCCUGCGCAGCCGCGAGUGGGGCAGCGCGCAGGGCCGCGGGGACCCGCUGCACAAGACGCACGACGGCCUCAGCUUCAUGGUCACGGGGAUCCGGUGGGUGACCAACGGGGCCGGCGCGCAGUCGCGGCUGCGGGGCCGGGCGCGGCGGGAGCGGAUCCGGCUCGCGCUGCGGGAGGUCGAGGUCUCGACAGACGUGGAGCCCGGGCGGUUUGCCGACGUUGUCGUCUCUGAGAGCCGGAGCGUGCUUGUGCGACCGAACCCGAAUCCGAGGAAGAGGGCUGCUGCGUCUAUUUCGGGAGGUGGUGGUGAUGGGAAGGAGGGGCUGAGGGAGGGGAGCGAGGGGGAUAAGGAGAAUCGGCCUGUCGAUGGGGCGUUUGGUUCUGCUGCUCCUGCGGUGGCGGUUGAGCCGGAGAAAGCGGAGGUGGUUGAUAAGACCAUUGAGAAGGAGGCGGAGAAGGGUGAUGGGAAUGUCAAGGGUGCUGAGGAGGUGGAGGACGAGGCGAAGAAGGCUGAGCAGGAACCGAAGGAUACGUCUGGUGAGAAGGCGGCCGAGUUGGAGAGUGCUGCUGCGACGACAACAGACAAAAACAAGGCGGUGGAUGACAAGAAGGGAGACGGAAACAGGGAGGACGAACCGCCUGCCGCUACCGCCUCGACGACUGAGGGCACUGAUGCCCCUGCCAAGGACGCUGCUCCCGCUGCCGAGAAGACGGAGGAGGAGCAAACGGAUGUCACGAUGAAGGAGUAG